GUGUGACCUAAAGUAGCCUAACGCGUGUCCUCAAGCUCCGGGUAUUCAAUGGUUAAAUAGAGAUGAGGACUAGACGGCGAGGGGUUGGAUCUUUGAACUGUUCUUCUUAGUUACGUGGGUUGGAUACAAUUUCGCUGAAAUGGGAGGACCCAACAACUGUUUUACCCGUACCAAUACGAUGGUGAUUACACUAAGUUAACGAGUAGAUUUAGCUGGCUGUCUGUAUGCGUUGACUUGUAGCCUGUAACUAUUUAGAUUCAACAAUGUCACAUAUUUUGAAUUCAGUUAACAUCCAAUUGCGAAGAAAUGUUUACGCGUAUCCGUGCUUGUGGCGACAUGCGCGGCGAACCAUAUGUUGCAGUCCACAGACAUAUGCAGGGGAAGGGGACCAAGGAUCCAGUGUGCUGGGGAAGAGGUGGAAGGACACUGCAGAGACAGUGGUCAUUGGAGGGGGGUGUGUCGGGGUCAGUCUGGCCUACCACCUGGCCAAGGCUGGGAUGAAGGAUGUAGUUCUCCUGGAGAAAUCUGAUCUGACAGCAGGCUCCACAUGGCAUGCUGCUGGGUUAACCGCAUAUUAUCACCCAGGUAUCAACUUGAAAAAAGUUCAUUACUACAGCAUUAAACUUUAUGAGAAGCUUGAAGAGGAGACAGGCCAGGCUGUAGGUUUCCACCAGCCAGGCAGCAUCCGUAUCGCAUCCACCCCAGUCCGAGUGGAUGAGAUAAAGUACCAGAUGGCCCGGGCGCACUGGCAUCCCACCCCGCAGUUCCUCAUUGGGCCAGAGAAGAUCCAAGAGCUUUUUCCUUUGCUGAACAUGAACCAGGUGUUAGCUGGACUCUAUAAUCCUGGAGAUGGGCACAUUGACCCGUACUCCCUCACCAUGGCCCUGGCCGCUGGGGCUCGCAUGUAUGGCGCCCUCAUCUAUAACCCCGCUCCAGUCUCUGCCCUCACCCCCACAUCUGAUGGGAAAUGGGAUGUUCAAACGCCACACGGGACCAUCCGUGCCAACCGCAUCGUCAACGCCACAGGUUUCUGGGCCCGGGAGGUUGGGAAGAUGAUUGGCUUUGAGCACCCCACCAUUCCUGUCCAUCACCAGUAUGUGGUGACAUCAACAGUGCCAGAGGUGAAGGCUCUCAAGACUGAGUUACCAGUCAUCCGGGACCUGGAGGGCUCGUAUUAUCUGCGUCAGGAGCGAGAUGGACUUCUCUUUGGACCAUACGAGAAGCAGGAGAAGAUGGUGCUGCAGGACUCUUGGGUCAGAGAUGGGGUCCCUCCAGGCUUUGGGAAGGAGCUGUUUGAGUCCGAUCUGGACAGGAUCAUGGAACAUAUUGAGCUUGCCAUGGAGAGGGUCCCUGUUCUGAAGAAUGCAGAUAUCAUCAACGUCGUGUCCGGUCCCAUCACCUACACCCCAGACCUCCUGCCCAUGGUUGGACCUUUCCAGGGGGUGCAAAAUUAUUGGACAGCCAUUGGCUUUGGGUAUGGAGUUAUCCAUGCUGGAGGGAUAGGCAAAUUCCUGAGUGACUGGAUCAUGAAUGGGGAACCUCCAUAUGACCUGAUUGAGUGUGACCCCAACCGCUACUCAAAGUGGACCUCAGUGCCCUACUUGUGCGCGAAAGCCAGAGAGUCCUAUGGCUUCAACAACGUUGUGGGGUACCCGAAGGAGGAGCGUUUCGCUGGCCGGCCCACCAGCAGAGUGAGCGGUGUGUAUGACCUCCUUAAAUCCCAUGCUUCCAUGGGGCUCCACGCCGGCUGGGAGCAGCCCCACUGGUUCUACAAACCCGGCGACGAUGCCGGAUACAAGCCUAGCUUCAGGCGCACUAACUGGUUUGAACCGGUUGGAAGAGAAUGCAAGCUGGUGAUGGAAAACGUGGGGGUGAUUGAUCUGACACCCUUUGGGAAAUUCAAGGUGAAGGGGAAGGACUCAGUCAAGCUGCUCGAUCGUCUCUUUGCCAACACAAUGCCAAAGGUCGGCCUGACCAACAUCAGCCACAUGCUGACCGCUUCAGGAAGAGUGUACGCCGAGGUCACCAUUACCCAGCUGGCCCCAGGAGAGUUCCUGCUCAUCACGGGCUCUGGAUCGGAACUCCACGACCUCAGGUGGAUUGAAAAGGAAGCAGUGGAUGGUGGUUAUGAUGUGGACAUCACCAAUGUAACUGAGGACGUUGGUGUGUUGGGUGUAGCAGGGCCCAAAUCCAGGGAAGUCCUGCAGAAACUGACGGAUGAAGACAUGAGUGAUGCUGCCUUCAAAUUCCUGCACUGCAAACCCAUCAAAUUAGCAGGAAGUUCUUUGAGAGCCACUAGGAUAUCGUAUACAGGGGAGCUGGGCUGGGAGCUGUACAUUGACAAUAAGGACAUGGCUGCUGUGUACCAGGCCAUCAUGGAGGCCGGACAGAAGGAAGGCAUUGACAACUUUGGCACCUAUGCCAUGUCCUCUCUGAGGCUGGAGAAGGGCUUCAGAGGCUGGGGAGCAGAGAUGAACUGUGACACAAAUCCUUUGGAGGCUGGAUUAGAAUACUUCAUCAAGCUAAACAAGCCAGCUGACUUCAUUGGGAAGAAAGCCCUACAGGAGAUCAAGACGAAAGGCUUGAAGCGCAAAUUAGCCUACCUUUCCGUGGACACUGACAAUAUUGACCCAGAGGGCAAUGAAACCAUCUGGCACAAGGGCAAGGUGGUUGGCAACACAACCUCAGGGGCUUACAGCUAUACCAAACAGCAGAGCAUUGCCUUUGGGUACUUGCCGAUUGAGCUGAUCAGCGUGGGCCAAAAGGUGGAAGUGGAGCUUCUGGGCAGGAAGUAUGUCGCCAUGGUGAUCCCGGAGCCUCUGGUCCUGACUGAACCCACCAGAACCCGACUGCAGAAGAAGGCAAAGAGCAGAGUAUAACCGGGCCUGCAACACACCUGAUCCUGGGUCAGUUGGGCUGUGCUGUGCUCUGCUCAGACCAAUGAAUGGCUAAUGACAGAUCAUCUUGAAGGAAGUGAUAGCUGCAAGAAGAAAGAAAGGAGACUGCUGGAGACUGUGUUUCAGAAGCAUCUUCUGCUUCCUGUUUGUGGCUUAGCUGUGAAAGACUGAAAUGUUAACACCAACAUUACAAGAAUGUGCCUUAGCAGAAUAUGCUUAGAAAAUCACCAGAAUAUGCUUUGGAAACCUAAACCUCAACAUGAACAUUGUGUAGCAUAUGUGCAUAAAUGUUAUGCAAUAUAUUUUUAUGAUGUAAUAUUUUUUUUAAUUCCAUUGAAUGUUAGUGAUUGGGAAAAGAGCUCAGAAACAAUCAACAAAGUUUCUGUAGCUGACAAGAAAUGGAAGACUCUAAAUGAAUGCUUGAAUGCUUGUAUUUGUGUAUUAGAGCAUCUGUGAGGUAAAUGCUUUGGAUAGUCUUAAAUUGAAGUAGCUGUGACCGAAAUGGCCAAGGAUAACGGGAAGAGAAGGUCAUUUUCACAAAAGUGCACUAUAGUAGUAUUUGUAUUAAAUUUUGUAAUUAUGCAUUUUGGUAUCCUUUGUCAUUUUCUAUGUGUUUACGUAUGAUAAAUUAAAGGCAAUUUUGUGGCUAA